AGUAGAAAAUGGCGUUUUGUGACUUUUAGCACAUGUCAAUUUUCUCCGGUAAGAAAAGUAUUUUUCUUGUAAAAUUAUUUUAAAAAGAUAGUUUAGUAAGAUAGUAAGUGUAUAUGUACGUUUAUAGUGUAGUUUUAACCACGUAUCCUAUGAUCAACUUGUUUUAAGAACAUAUGUAAACAACUCUUUCAAAUAUUUAGUGCUGUCAUUACGCGAUAAAAGUGCCCAGACUUUUAAUUUAAUGAAAUAUUUAUAUUUCUGUUUAUCGUUAAAUACGUCUAGUAAUGAGUAAUUUUCAUACGAUAAAGGUGUUUAACUAAUUCUUAGGAGCCAUUUUCAAUAUAUAAAUAACGUUUUGAAAAUUUACAGGACUAAUACUUUUUGUCAAAAAGGAUUCACGAUAAAUUUCUAUAGUACUUUUGAACAUGGUUUUUCUACCAGAAGAUGGCCUUACGAAAAAGGUUACAGUACGUGACACCAUCCAACAAUCAGAAAAGAAACAGGCUUUUAUAAAUAUAUUUCCCUCCAAGGCCAUCGACAGUAUCUUCAGAGAAGUUUCCAAAGAGUUCAGCUAUAACCAUGAUGAAAUCGAACUCGUCCUUCAAAUUGGCAAGAAAGACGUGCAUAUAUUGAACGAACACAAAGACAAAACGGUUCAGGAAGCUGGCAUCAAAUGGACUCCUUUAGACAGACCUUCUAUUAUCAUAAGCACUCUAAAAAAUAAACCAAUGUCGUUAUUCGUCCAGGAAAGCGAAGACGACCUUCUUUUAGGUGCUUCAGCUAGUCCUACAGCUGGAGAAGUUUCCAGCAGCACAUGUGACAGUGGCCAAACAGUGAUGAAUUACAGCGACUUCUACAAACCGUCGACACGUCCUUCUUUGAAGCCCAUUAUAAUAGAAUCUACCAAUUACGUAGGAUUAGUCAACCAGGCCAUGACUUGCUACCUAAAUAGUUUGCUGCAGGCUCUUUACAUGACUCCAGAGUUCCGGAACGCCCUAUACAACUGGGAAUUUGACGGUGUUAACGAAUCCAGAUCGAUACCAUACCAGUUACAAAAAUUGUUUUUGAACUUACAGACAUCUUCAAAAUCUGCCGUAGAAACAACAGACUUAACCACAAGUUUCGGUUGGCAAAAUAGUGAUGCUUGGCAUCAGCAUGAUAUUCAAGAACUCUGUAGAGUAAUGUUUGAUGCUCUAGAACAAAAAUUCAAGGACACCAAACAGGCAAACCUGAUAAACGACCUCUAUGAAGGAAAGAUGUUAGAUUACGUCAAAUGUUUGGAAUGUGGCACCGAAAAAUCAAGAGAAGACACAUUUUUGGAUAUUCCUCUGCCGGUAAGACCCUUUGGAAACGCGGUGGCCUAUAAUAGUGUCGAAGAAGCCCUUAGAGCGUUCGUUCAACCAGAGACGUUAGACGGAAAUAAUCAGUAUCAUUGCGAAAAAUGCAAUAAGAAAUGUGACGCUCAUAAAGGGUUGAAGUUCACGAAGUUUCCGUAUUUGCUCACGUUGCAUUUAAAAAGAUUCGAUUUUGAUUAUACUACUAUGCAUCGAAUUAAACUCAAUGACAAGGUUGUGUUUUCAGAAAAACUAAAUUUAAAUUCAUUUAUCAUUACACCCCGCUCGGAUAAUGAAACAGUCGAAGACAGAGAUAAUGCUGUGAAGUGUGAUGAUUGUAGUACAACAGAUUCGGGAUCAGCAGACGAUGAAAGUUGUCAAGGAACAGAUGCAUCUUCUACAGUUAACGGCCAGGACGACAAUUGUGCAGAUAGCGAUGAAGGUAUCGAUGUAAGUUCAGGAAACAAUCACGAUGAAGAAGCCAAAGGUCCAUUUAUCUACGAAUUAUUCAGUAUUAUGAUACACUCUGGAAGCGCUUCAGGUGGUCAUUAUUAUGCUUAUAUCAAAGAUUUCGAUAAAAAUCUUUGGUACUGCUUUAACGACCAAAGUGUUACAGGGAUUACCGAAGAAGACAUAAGAAAAACGUAUGGUGGCGGCCCUCAUAGGGGAUACUAUUCAGGGGCCUAUUCGUCGAGUACAAACGCCUAUAUGUUAAUGUACAGACAAAUAGAUAAGGAUCGAAAUGCUCGGGCUAUGGGUUUUGAUGAUUUUCCGCCACAUAUCAAACAAUUGUUGGCCGAUAUGUUAAGGAAAGAAGAAGAAGAUCGAAUUAAUAGGGAAAAAGAAAACGAAAUGAUGCGAAUAUCGGUGUUCUGCGAUAAUCCCAGUUCACACACUUUAUCAGAUAUAAAACUUCACGUAUUCUAUGAUUCGUCGUUAGAAGAGGCGGCAAAAGAGGCAUACCAACGUUUCAAUUUGAAUUCCACGCAAGUGAACUUGAGGGAUUGUCGUAUGGUAAUGUAUAAUAGAAAACACGAAUGUAUCGAUAGUAGUUUUGAGUCUGACGAAAUCAAAUUCUGUGAUAUUGUAAAUAAAAUGAAGAAUCAUGUUAGUCAGUUUACCGAAUGGAUGUUAGAAAUUAGAGAACCAGGAACUUCCUGGAAAACAUACCAACCCGGUGGUAUCAAUAUGAAAGUUUAUCCUAUCAUCCUUGAAACAGAAGAGGUCAGUGAACCAAAGCUAGUCCGAGUUGAUGUAAACGACACUGUGUUUGACCUCAAACAAAAAAUUGGCCAGUUAUUGAAUAUGAAUCCUUCCAAAGUAAAAAUCGUCAUGGAAAUGUAUUGCAACGAACCAAAGUAUUUGGAUAAUGAUGAGAUCUCUGUCAAAUUUGAUCCAAAUUGCAGCAAUUACAAAUUGUAUGUAUCAAACGCUUUAGAUGAAGACCCAGAAAAAACGUUCCUAUUUUCCAAAUUGAAACGGUUGAUAUCUUUGUUUGGAUACAUUAUUAGUUUGACCAUUGUUUUACCGGAUACUGAUGUAGCUACACUUGAAUCGAUGUCCAUACCAUCGUUGGAUUUAAAUCAAAAUCUAGACAAAUUGGAGUUGGGUAGUGGUGAUAGAUGUACGAAUUCGCCCAACUUGCGGGUAUCUCCUCAGCCCGGUCCUGGGGACGGUUUUGGCGAUCAAAGCAAUAGCGAAGAUAGCAGUUUAAGUGACAGUGAUAGAACGUUAGUAGGAGAAACCCCAGGUGAUCAUAUAGGCAUGUUAUCGAGUAGUCCCACAUCACCCGCAGAUCAACACAUGUCCUCACCCAGCGAUCCUCGUGAAGACACGUAUAGUUACGAAGCUCUAGGCCACCCUGGUGAGGAAAUGAAUUGGGAUGAUGUUGAUACACAGCAAGAAGAACAGUACUCGCAGAAUUACUAUUUUAAGAUUACCAGUGAAACGCACAACAGUGAGACUCCGAAUUUGGAUAAUAAUGUUACUAGGUGCUGUAAGAUUUUGGCAGACAAAAGAAUGACUCUCGAGAGACUUAAGAAAAAUUUAGAAGUUGUUCUGAGAGUACCUUCAGAGUAUUUUAAAGUCUACAAACAAUACGCCAGUGCAGAAGACGAAUGGGCUUGUUUGUCGGAUACGUUACGAUCUGCUAGAGACGGAGAAAGAAUAACUAUAAAAUUAGGCCGAGUGUUACGAAAAGACGAGCUGAAAUGCAGUGUCUAUCAUCUGAAACUUGACAAUAUGGACGUAAAUAACUUUUUAUUUGAACAUAUCAUCAUAAAAGGACAGACAGUCAGUUCUGUGAAAAAGGAUAUUAUCUUGCAAGCCAAAAAACAGCAUAUGCUCGAUAUACCUUAUCAUAAAUGUCGUUUGCGAGAGAAAAAUUGGAAAAAACCAAAAAGAGUGUAUUUGGAUGAUCAGCGAUUUGAUAAAGAUAUCGUAGUUGUUUCUUCCAAUGUUGAUGUUUUUCUGCAAGAACUUCCCGAUACUGAACCAGUGACGACGAGGGAACAAUGCGUCCUUUUCGUCCGAAAGUGGUGUCCGUCGACUUUAACGCUUCAACCCUUCCAAGAAGUAGUUCUAGACCAUUUAACCAUGGAAGAUCUAAAGAAAAAGUUAUCAGAACUCUCUGGCCUACCUACAGAACAUAUAGAAGUAGCCAAUAUCAAACAACCUCUCCCUUGUGAUAUAAAUGUUUUAGAUAUGGAAUCGCACAAAUGGCAUUUGCAGACCACUAAUUUAGAAGAGUGGCCUGUUAGUGCUGAAAAUGGCACUGUUUUCUUUUAUAGGGACAACCGAGAAACAAUGAAAGAACUCACCAGCGAAGAAAGAAAAGAACUAGCCCAAAAAGAGAACACUCGCCUCCGUAAAUUGAACCUGUCAUCCUACUCCCCUGGUGGGGAGAGAGCCUUAAAGAUCUACUUGGAUACGUCGCCAAGUAAAUCUGAAGAUAACUGCAUAGACUGACAUGCCACUAAUCAAUAUAAUUCAAUAUUCUAUUGCAUAAUAAUUUGAAAAAAUCAGAGGGUGAUUGUAAAUAAGCGUGAUUCAGAGUUUUUUUAUUUAAUACGUCCCCCGUUUACACAAAAUUAUUAAAAUUUUUGAGGUCCGCCAUGAGAAGUAUUUAGGUCAUUAUAUCUCGCAAAUAAAAAAAGAAAUCUUGGGAAUAUCCAAAUUAACUCUACGUUUAUUAAGGAUUUUGAUGUUUUUAUUAAUUUUUGUGUUAAUAUGUUUUAAGUCUUCAGUAUUAUAUAAAAAUAUAUAUUUUUUAGAUAUAUUUGAGCAAUAUUUCAAAUAUCCACAUUAAAACUAAAAACAUGUUUGCUUCUGCCAAUUUUAUAGUAAAUCGUGUUUGCGAAUCAAUCAGCUUUGACAUUUCUUUAAUAAAGUGAUAUGAAUAUUCACUCCUAUUUACACAAAAGAAUGUAAAACACUUAAGGUGGAUUAGGGUUAAGAUGGACCCCACUUUUAAGUUGUUUCUUAAAGUUAUUAAUGGAAUCAUAUUAGGUAUUUUUUUUUUUCAAAAUCUGGAUGUCCAAACAUUAAUAAAAUAUUUCCAGUCUUACAAUUGUGGUUAAUUUCCGAUAUAUAUUAAUUGCAAAAGUUUAGCAAUAUUUCCCAAUAUUCUUGAAGUAACAUAAACAUAUUAAUCACUCAAGAUCGAGAUAUUUGUAUUGAAGACCCCAAUUAAUGGAUAAAUUUCGGCGUAUGCUCAAAUUUUGCUAGUAGUCGAUUCUCGAGAUAAUCGAAAAGAUCACUUAGGUCACUAAUCUAAAAAAUAUACUGCAUAUACAUUGGCAAUCGUUUACUGUUUACUUGCGAAUUCCAUAGUAAAGGAAUUCCUUUGAUAACAACAAUUUAGCCAAUUUUUUAAAAGGGGGUCAGUUAAAAAGAGUUUGUUCUGAUAUCUCCUUUUAUUUUUGGUACUUUUGAAAUUACCACCUUAGUUACAGUGAAGCUAUAGUAAAUUUAGCUAAGAUAGUUUCCUUAUUAUGGAAUUGACCAAUAAAGUUAAGAAAUUCAAAUAUAUAAGCCUUACAAUAUUUUUUUAGACUAGUGACCUAAGUGGUUUUUUCAUUAUUUCGUUUACUGGCUUAUUAUAUUUCUUAUAAUUAAGCGCUUUUAUUUGACGCAUACCUUGAGUGAUCACUAUAUUUAUUUUACUCUAAGUAUAACGUAACAGUAUACAAUUUUGAUUUUUAUAUUAAUACCAUACACCCAAAUAUUGUAUGCAACAUAUACAUCAAGUGUCUUUUCACUUAUGAUAUGGCUGUACUCUUCUUACGGCUUAUGUUGUCAACUUUUUGAUUCGUUAAAGAAGUACCAUUUUAUCCACUUGUUAACAGAAUUAUCCAACUCAAACUAACUAUAUUCCCGUAUUUGAUUGGAUUACUUUCAAUAUUAAUGAAAAUUAGACAUCGGUAAAGCUAUUUCAAUUGAUGUUUACAAAAAUAAUUGUGCCUUUUCUCUUAUUUUCAAUAUCAUAUCCAGUCUAGAAUGUUACAUUUUCUGCAGUGUAUUUAUUAAAUAUUACUCACUUAAGCUUAAUUGCUCGAAUCUUCUCAGUGGCAUAGAAUAAAUGGAUAUUGGAGAUAUACCUACCAGACUGUGUAGAUACUAUAGACGUUGCAUGUACAUCAAUACAACUCUUUGUUUGUUGUUUGUUGUUUGUAUAUCUUAGAUUUAUUCUGAUUUCAUAUAAUGAGACACUACCGUAUUCAGAUUUUAAUGUCGCUAUUAAUUUUUGAAUAAUAUAUGAUGUAUAUCCCAAAAGUAUGCGCUUUCAUUCAUAGCUUCGUAAUUUAAUAUAGCUUUAUUCUUCAUUAAUUAGUUUGUGGCAUCCUUUGGAAUAAUCCUUCUUUUGAUUUUACAACACCUUUUUAUCGAUGCUUUAAAGUCAUUGAAGCACUUCUGAACUAUUGGAAUGUUAUCCUUUAAGCGACAUUUUCAAUUUUGGAAACAUGUGGUAGCCUCAGGAUGCUGUGGUGGUGCUUUAUGGAGACUGGCGGAGUUGGGGAACCUUAUUUUUUAUAAAAAAGUAUUGUAAAAAGUUCAAUGAAUGAGCUGUCACAUUACCGACACGAAAAAUGGAGCCGUUUUCUCACUGCGUCACGCAAUCUUUUUAGAAAAAUUCUUUGUGACCGAACUAAAAAUUCUUUGACCAUAUACUAUAAACCGUAAUUCUUCUUCUUACGGUGCCUAUCCGUUCCGGAUGUUGGCGAUCAACAUGGCUAUCCUAACUUUGCUUGCUGCUAUUCUGAAUCGUCCGGUUGUCGAUGUAUUAAACCACUUUCUUAGGUUUUGAAGCCAAGAUAUUCUCUCUGGUCCUCUCUUUCCAAAUACCUUGCCCUAAAGAAUGAGUUGCAACAAGCCGUAUCUUUGUUCAUUCCUCAUAACAUGGCGAAGAUAUUUUAGUUUGCGCUCUUUGAUGGUGUUAAUAAUCUCGCAUUCCUUGCCUAUUCUACGUGGGACCUCAACAUUAGUCACACGAUCUACCCAUGAAAUUUUUAAAAUACGUCUGUAACACCACAUAAUGCCUCGAAUUUUCUUAAAUUAGUUAAAUUUUUGGAAAGUGUCCAGACCUCUACUCCGUAUAAUAACGUAGAAAAUACAUAGCAUCUAAUGAGAGAGAUUUUGGUAGCAAGUGAACAAUCAUGACUUCUGAAAAGAGACUUUAUCAUUAUGAACGCUGAUCUCGCUUUUCCUAUGCAUUGAUUUAUUUCACUGGAGUGAUCCCAUUGGCUGUUAAUGUUGGUACCAAGGUAUGUGUAGCUGUCCACUCUGUCAAUUGGAAGUUGUUUUACCAAAAGCUGUGUAUUUAAUAUUAAGCCGUAAUACUUAGAGUUUAUUAAUGGUGCAAGUUACGUGAAUGUUGGGAGAGAAGCGUUCAGUGAAAAUACUGUUAUUUUGUUUCGGGAUCAUAAUUGUAAACUUACUUACUCCGUGGAGUUCCAACCGUUCGUGGGUUUUAGCCGACUCGACAACAUGCCUCCAACGUUUUCUGUCUUGAGCAACUUCCAUCCAAUUCUCCACGCCCAUAGUGCUUAGGUCUCCUGCUAUAUUAUCUCGCCACCGGAGACGAGGGCGUCCGCGUGGUCUUCUUCAAGUUGGGACUUCCUCCCACACCAGUCUUACUGUUCGUUCGUCAGAAUGUCUUCGGAGGUGUCCUGCCAAUUGGAGUCUUCUGGACUUUAUUUUAUUUUUUAUUAUGUUGGGGUAAAGUUCUUCGAGCUCUUUGUUACUUCUUAUCCUAUAUUGUCCUGAUGCUUCAUCCAGCACAGGACCAAAGAUCUUCCUUACGAUUUUUCUUUUCCAAACACAUAGUCUCUCUUCGUUUGCCUAUGUUAUCGUCCACGUUUCGCUUCCAUACAUCAUAACGGGUCGUAUGAUUGUUUUAUAAACCUGUAUCUUCGUACGUCGUGUUAGUUGUUUCGAUUUUAUAAGGUUUUGGAGGGCAAAAAGACAUCUGUUACCGGCCUGAAUCCUGUUGUUUAUUUAUUGUGAUCCGUUAUUGUCUUCAGUUAUUGUUGUUCCAAGAUAUUGAAUGCUCUAACGCGCUUAAAAUUAAAGUCAUCGAUGGUGAUGUUCUGACCGAUUCUGUCUCUGCUUUGGUUAUUGCGGCUCACAUACAUAUAUUUCGUUGAUUUGGAGCUCCAUUUUCUUAUUAGAUCGAUAUCGUCUGCAAAUGCCAGUUGUAAGUUUGGUCCUUCUCGAUGAAAUACUGCAUUCGGUUUUCUAUUCUUUCACUUCUGAUUAUGUGCUCCAGAGCUAAGUUGAAGAGUUGUGAAAGUGCAUCUCCCUGUUUUAGUUCAUUGUUUAUCUGUCAUAAUUGUAAACUAACGGAUAGUUAUUGUAAUGAUUUUUUAAAGCAUAUUAUUACCAUUAGCGAUCACUUUCAAGUUAUCGAGAGCGACUUCUAAGCGAAUUUUUCAUGGGCAAUUUUUGACAUGCGUGUUAUUUCUGAUUAUUUAGUUCGAAUUCCCGAAACACAAGGUGCCUAAUUUCAAAGAUAGUUUUAUAGUUCCGGACAAUCAAACGACGAUCUACAAUCGUACGUGCUAUAUAGUCCAGUGUUGUGCUGAAAGAUAACCAGAACUUGCAGUCCUUUUUUACCGAUCGAACCAUUCUUUUUAUCUAUGUUUUGAUCUUUCAUUUAUGGCUAAAAGGCUUUUGCAUCAUUUUAAUGUUUUCGCAAAACUAUUUUUUAAUUUAAACAAAGCUUGUAAAUUCGUUGCUUUCGUCUUUUUAUAAUUAUCAGCGGCAACAAAUGCGCCGAACGCAAAAAAGGCAAUAUAAACAAAAGUGUGCUAUUACGAACUAGGCACUCUCGUUGUAAAAUGCGAUAUGUGAAGAGUUACCGAUUACGUUCGCACUCCGUAGAGGGAAUUGAAACGUUUUGGCGCGAAAUAUUCGAAGAUCAGAUACUUUUCGGACAAUCCUCGUAAUUAUCGAUAUCCAAAUAAAAAAAGUGUAUUUUGAUUUUGAACAUUAAGUACAUUGUAUGUAAUUAGUCGGCAGUAAAAUUCACCUUAACACAUAAAUUACUCUCCUUUUUUUAAGCUAAGCAAGUUGGAUUCAAUUACAUUGUUUGAGUUUACCCUCAAUUUGCCUUAAUAUCCAGAAAAUUUUCAUGUACAUUCGGGAGUAUUACAUCUUUUACAGACGAUUUUCUGGACAUGGGGUUUUAAGCCAUAAAAUUUAGGUUCUGGAAGUUAAACCUGUCUACUUCAAUUAGCAAAGAAUUUGGUCGUUCGCCUACAGUUUAUUAGAUUUUAGAUAUGCUUCAAGUAACAUUUAUAUUAAAUAAUCAUUGACAGUGUUCUUAAACAUUUUGUUAUUUAUCAUUUUUAAUCUUUAAUUGAAAUAAGGCUGGUUCAUUCUGAACACGUUUUAAUAGUAUACAGUGUUUUUCAUAUAAAAAAGCUUGCACGUCAUUCAAGAUUUACGUCGUCAAAACCCCACAGCGUUGCCAAAACAUCAGAAUAUUUAGUAAGUGAGGAAUCGUUAAAAUGUCAACUAUUUGUCAAACUAUUAUAUUAACAGUAAAUAAACUUAGUUUUAAGACUACUGCAAUACACUAAAAGACAUAAGAAAACAUUUUCAUCAUUUGUGUAUAAUUGUCUAAUAUAUUUAAUUAAAAUUAUUAUUUUGUGGAAUAUUAGACUUAAAUAGUUAUUUCAUAAAAUUUAUAUUAUUAAUAAUAACACAUGUUUUUGGUUAUUUAAUCAAUAUAAAUCUAAAAUUUCCAAUAUAAUAAUGAUUACAUUUUUUUGAUUAUUACACCAUGUUGACGUCUAUGAAAGAUGGAGCAGUAUGGGUUUCGUAUUAUUAGCUGUGUUAGGAAAAUUUGAACUCUAAGGUUGAUGUUCUGGAAAUUUUAAAUACAAGUGACGUCACUUUGUAUAAAUCGUGACGUGCAAGUCUGUGAUAAAUGGUUUACUUAAUUUUGUUUUUAAUGAUUUGUUUAUGUACUGGUAGGACCGGACGAAACGUAGCAACAUAGUCGAAGCUAUAUCUAUGGAUAUAUAUUGCCCAUCGAAGUUCUAGCCGAUUCAAAGACAAGCUCGUUGCUGUCCAUUAUUAAUUGCCAUUUAGUAAUUUUAUCAGACAAAUAUAAAAGUAGAAAAAUGACAUAAGUUCUUUGAUAUUUGGUUAAAAAGUAUAAAGUUAGUGGUAACUUUUUUUCUCUGUCCUAAGGCGACACUUUUUUGAAACUGAUACUCAUCUUUGAUGGGCGAUAUAUAUUUAGAGUCACAUAGUCGAAAAUAUUCAAUAUUAACUCAUCAUAAUUUAAAUUGUGUCCGGGUAUUCUUCAAUAACAUACAAAACAAAAUGGAAAAUAGAUUCGUUGUUUUUCAAAACAACUUUUACUUGAAACAUAAGACGUUCUAUUUUUACAAAUUUACAGGAUUUAGGUAUAGUUAAGUCAAGUUUACACCUACCCUUCCGGUAGAGGUUGGUUAAAAAGUUUAAAAUUUAAAGUCAUACCUCGAACGAAUCGAGUUCUUUUCGGUUUUUAUGCAAAUUUUGGUUUUCGGUUCAAUAAUUUAAUAUUUAGCAUUUGUCUAUACAGUUGUUCCUAUUUUCGCUUUCCAACUGUAUAUUAUGAUGAUGAAAGAAAAAUACGUGUUUCAAGCUAUCGCCGCAAGUAAAAAAAAACAAUCAUAUUGUCUAAUUUUCAGUUAAUAAAUCUCCCAAAUUAUACUUGGAUUCUUGCUAUUGCGCCCGAUCGAAUGGGUUAAAUGAAGUUUUUGAAACUUAAUUAUUGGCAGAUCGGCAUGCUUUAAGCUUGUUUUUUAUAUGCAAUAGUUAAUUAUACAUAAUAUUGUCUUAUUUGUAUGGAAUAAAAUUGAUAGUAUUACCUUUAACAAUGCGUUCUUAUGUUGUAUUUACAUUCUACAGUGCUGAGAAAUUAUAUUACAUCAACAAUUCAUAUACAAGUAUUUCUUCCCAAGAUUUUUUCUUGACAAGCAUACUGUAUGGUCUAAUCGUUCAACGAGAAGUUUUGUCUUUAAUAAAAAAGUAAACAAAAAAUCGAAAAAUGUAUUAAUUACUUUGUGUAGAAAAAAAAAUGAAAACUUUUUGUAGAUGUUUUUGAAUUUUAUGUUGUUGUUUUUUAAAUAUCAGUGUAUUUUUGUUCAAAAUUUAGGAAUGGUUAGAUUUUUUUCUGAAAUAAAAUGAUGAAAGGUG